AUGAGUAAACACGCCCUCGAGGAUGUGGCAGCCGCCUCAUCGCACGCAGAACGAGACAGCAAACGCCGCAAGAAGAACAAGGACAAGUCCCGCAAAGAAAAACUCCGCCUUCAAGACAUAACGCCCUCGUCGACCGAAGCCACCGCCUCAUCUACACCCGUUCCGGAGGAUAAACACAAAGACAAAGAUUUCCACGAUGACGGCGCCCAGUCAUACCAGCCUCAUCCAUCACUGAGUGCGCUGCCGCAGCAGGAGAUUGAAGCCUUCUACACGGCACAGGCUGUGCAGAUUGCGGAUCCGCGCAAGAGCGUUUUGAGACCUAUCCUCACGUUCUCGCACCUCCCCACAGCCCUGGGCUCCCAGUUCGGGAGUAUCGUGUCUGGCUUCCAAAAACCGAGCAGUAUCCAAUCGGCGGCGUGGCCGUUCCUCCUCUCUGGACGGGACGUCGUUGGCGUGGCGGAGACGGGAAGCGGCAAGACAUUAGCAUUUGGACUUCCCCUCGUGGUGCGUCUCGGAGGGCUCAAGAAGAGAAAGGGUAUCAGAGCCGUGAUUGUCGCGCCGACGAGAGAACUUGCCAUCCAGGUAUUCGAACAGCUUGACAAGUUGUGCAAGACCGCCGAGGACAAGAAGUUGAAGGCGGCCUGUAUCUACGGCGGGACAAAUAAAGACGAGCAGCGCCGGUCGUUAAAGGAUGUGAACAUCAUUGUCGCAACGCCUGGACGGUUAAAGGAUUUCAUGAGCGAUGGAACCAUCGACGUGGCGAAGACCCGUUACUUAGUCCUCGACGAGGCGGAUCGUAUGCUCGACAAGGGCUUCGAAGACGACAUCAAGCAGAUUGUCUCGCAAAUGCCCGGGUCGAAGAAGAGGCAGACGGCCAUGUUCACGGCUACGUGGCCGAAAUCAAUCCGCGAGCUGGCUGCCACGUUCAUGAACGAGCCUGUCAAGAUCACCAUUGGCCGCGACGAUGCCGAUGACACGGGCGAACUCCGCGCCAAUACACGGAUCGUGCAGAAAGUCGAAGUCAUGGAUGGGGCGUUGAAGCAGCAACGCCUUCUGCAGCUGUUGAAGCAACACACCGCAGGGAACAAGAGGAACGACCGAAUCCUGGUGUUCUGUCUGUAUAAGAAGGAGGCUCUUAGGAUUGAGAAUUUCAUUCGUACUCGAGGGCUCAAUGUUGCCGGCAUCCACGGCGACAUGUCCCAGUCGGCCCGCAUCAACAGUCUUGAAUCGUUCAAAUCUGGCACCACCACCAUUCUCGUCGCCACGGACGUGGCUGCCCGAGGACUGGAUAUUCCCGAGGUGAAGCUCGUGAUCAAUGUCACGUUCCCGCUUACCGCGGAAGACUACGUCCAUCGCAUCGGCCGAACGGGCCGAGCUGGCAAGGACGGCCUGGCGAUCACCAUGUUCACCGAGCAGGACAAGCCCCUGGCCGGAGCAUUGAUCAAUGUCUUGAAGAAGGCCGGUCAAGAAGUGCCAGAGAACUUGUUGAAGUUUGGCACUACGGUGAAGAAGAAGGUGCAUAGCGAGUAUGGCGCUUUCUACAGGGAAGCCGAGGAGGGGGAGAAGAAAGAAGCCACCAAGAUCACGUUUGACGACUAA